AUGGGUCUCGGAGUCCUCGAGCCCAAGGGCCAUGAACAGGUACCCGGCACCACGCGAUACUACGAUGACCCUGAUCGGCCUCGCAUGGCUGGCGAACAUGAUGCGCACCUGAAGACCAAUGAUAGUGGUCUCAUUUUGACUCCCCAGCCGUCGGACGACCCCAAUGAUCCUCUCAACUGGCCGAUCCUAAAGCGCGAUUGCGUCACAUUCCUCCUCUGUUGGGCCGGAGUCCUCGCCACAAGUCUAGGUCCCAUCCUCGCAGCCAACACCGUCACCCUCAUCGGCAACAUUGCCCUGACCAUUACCGACGCCGUCGUGCUCACCGGCUACCUCCUUGCCGGCGCUGGCGGCGCCGUCAUCUUCUUCGUUCCCUCUGCUCGCGUCUACGGAAAGCGCCACCUCUUCCUCCUCGGCCUCGUCAUCGUCAUCGCCACGAGCGCCUGGGCUGGCGCCGUACCCCUCUCCGCCGAUACCCCCGAGGACGCGAGACGUCACUUUCGGAGCAUGGCCGCCGCUCGCGCCAUCCAGGGCGUCGGCAUCGCCCCGUUUGAGAGCCUGCUCAACGCCGCCAUUGGCGACAUGUACUUUGUUCACCAGCGUGGCAUCCGUAUGGCCUUUGCGAACCUGGCCGUUUUUGGCAGCGCCUUCUUCACACCCAUCGUCGUCGGAAAGAUCACCGCCACCAUCGGUCUCGGCUGGACUUUUUACUUUGUUGCCAUAUUCACGGGCGCGACGCUGCCGGCUAUUGUUCUGUUUUGCCCCGAAACCGCCUUUCGACGCGAAGCCCGAUUCAACACGGAUAUUUACACCGAGGAGGACAUGCUGCAGCCCCGGUCGUCCGGCUCCUCGGAAACAAACGAAAAGGAACAUCACUCGGGUUUCCGCGCCCUGCCCACUAACCGGCUUCAGCCUUGUGGUGAUGCCAGCGCGCCGCGAAAGACCUUUGUUGAGUCGAUGUCUUUAUUCGACGGCCGAAAGACGGAUGACCCGUAUCUGACACUGCUCCUCCGCCCCUUUCCGCUCCUGAUGAACCCCGCCUUCAUUUGGGCCUGCUUGAUUCAAGGGACCAUGAUUGCAUGGACAAUCUUUAUGGGAGCUUUGGUUGCGUCCAUCUUCAUUGGUCCUCCUCUCUUCUGGGGAACCGCGAAGUCUGGCUACGGAUACACCGGUGCCUUUGUCGGAGCCCUGAUUGGCUUUGCCAUCUGCGGUCUGGUCGCCGACGUAAGCGUUCGUCUCAUGACUGCGGCAAACAAGGGAGUCUACGAGCCCGAGUUUCGCAUUUUGCUCAUCAUCCCCAUGCUCAUCGCGAGCGCUAUCGGUCUCUUUGGCUUUGCUAUCACCGUCGAAGACGUCGCUUCCCAGAAUCGGCCCGUCAUUAUUCCUCUCGUGUUUUUUGGCUUUGAAGUCGCCGGUAUGGUUAUUGGAGCAGUCGCCAGUUCACUUUACAUUGUAGACGCCUACCGCGACCUCGCUAUUGAGGGGUUCACGCUCACCAUCCUGUUCAAAAACUUCUUCAGUUUCGUCGUCACCUAUUACGCCCUGGACUGGCUCAUCGCCGGUGGCAUUCGCCGUGUUCUCGUCAUCAUUUCCAUCCUGCAGGUUGUCAUCUGCCUGACCAGCAUCCCCAUGUACGUUUAUGGCAAGCGUGGCCGAGCUUUUUUCCACCGCCACGACCCCAUCGCCAUGUGUCGCCUCAAGGAAUUCGAUGCCUUUUUGCGCCGUCUCUUUCGCAAAUCUCCUAGCGCUCCCACCCAACAGGUGUCUUGA